UUUUUUUUUUUUACACUGAAUAGGUAAUAACCUUACAGUCCCAUACUGAGGACGGAAAACGAUAGUCCUUAUCACUGGUCCCCCAUCUUGCCUACAUACUUUUCAACGAUUACGGUUUUGUUUCAUUCGUUCACCCCAUAUUCAGUCAUUAGUGGAAGUCUGACAUUUUAUGUGGCUUCAACCUUGGGAAACCCAGGUGGUACCCUACACAGACCAAUACUGAGGGCGGAAAACGAUAGUCCUAGGGGUUCCUUAUCUUCCCUGAAUUUUUUUUAUGCCAUAUUACGCCUUUUCAAUUCGUAUUUCGCAUCACGGUGGGUGUGACCGGUCGACAGGGAAUGCCUACUCCUCCUACGCACCUGAUCCCACCUCUGGUAUAUCCAGGGGUCCGUGUUUGCCCAACUCUCCAUUUUGUAUCCCUUAUAGGAGUUAUGAGAUUGAUCACUGAUCGUCAUCAUCACAUAUCAAAGGCACAAUAUAACGCCUUUGUACAUUCGGGCAAUAAUCUAAUUUGUAUUGUAAUCAAAACUUUGUUAAAUACAUGUAUGUUAUGAAUGUCUGUCUCUCGUAUAUGUCUUAAAUCAUAACUGUUAUCAUAUCAUAUAACGCCUAAAAUUUUUAUUUACGUCAUGCGACUUUUGAUGAGCGCUAGGUCUACGCCUUUUCACUUCGCAUUAUAAUGCCUUUUAAAAGGCGUUAUCAUUUAUCAACAUAUGCAAUUUAUAUCUUAAAAAUUUAAUAAAAACCUAUUUCAAGUUAAAUGUGACUAAUUCAUCUAAGAAGGGUACUGCAAUAAUGGUCAUAAACAAUGGUCCGUGUUAACAUGAUAUCACAAAAUCAACAGCGGUCUGAACGAACUACAAUAAUCUUUUUAAAUAAAAUCUUACAAAAUAACACAGCUGUUACAUGUAUACCAAUACUAGACCUAUCCAACUACCCCCUUUUCAGAUUUAAAAGCAGUAAGUGUGUCUACAGGUGCAAGUUGGCUUCAAAUCAAAGUACGUACGUAACAAUCCCCCCCUCCUCGGUGACAUCACUAGUUAAAAGAAGUUUGGAGUUAUCUCUCUUUGAGGAUCCAAGCAUUAAAAUUUAGUUCCAAUAAUAGUAAAAUAAAUUGAAGCAUGCAAAUUAUUCUUUUCAAACCAUUACAUAAAGCAGUUAACUAUAUAAUAUAUUUAGAAAUACUCAAACAGAAUAGUAGAGGUAAAGGGGUUUUCAUCCUUUGCGUAGUAAUACACGAUGUGUCAUACAGGAACUACUUUAUCAAAAUGGAAGGCUGUGAUAAGUUGUUCCGAAAUAAGUUCAAAUUGUUCAUUUUUUAUGAUUCUUAGCGCUCAUAUUAUGCACGGAAAGGCAUUUUAAUUGAUACUGUUGAUAACAACUGUUCAAAGUGUACCCACCCGCGAAAAAGUGUAGCAGCUAUCCGUAAGCAUUGUCUUUUGUUAUUGUUUUGCAUCAUAGACGGAAGUGGAACCCCGAAUUCCAAAUUCCUAUCAAUUUAAGAAUCAGCCAAAAUCUGGAGAAUGAUGACUCGGAUGAAAUGUUAUCUUGUCAUUCAAGGGAGCUGAUACAUGUUACAGAAAAUCGGGAUGGACUUAGUGAAAACAAAACCAGAACAAUAGUCUAUGUGAGCCAUCUGUAAGAAAAACUAGAUGCACAGUGAUGUAGAGGAGGAAGACCUCUACCAAAAUUGUAAACCUGGGUACAGGUUCUGACUCCAGCACCAACCAAACUGGGUAUAUAUUAGAAGGUGACUAGAUCAAGGCUUCCUUGUGGUCACAAUGGGGGAUGAACAGGUUGUAGUAGUAGCAAAAUAUGACUACAAAGCAGAGAAUGCACAGGAAUUAGACAUCAAGAAGCAUGAAAAGUUGGUUUUGCUGGAUGACACAAGAGACUGGUGGAAAGUGCAAAAUGCCAGAAAUAAAUCAGGUUAUGUACCAUCCAAUUAUGUCAAGAGGUCCAAUUCUAAGGCAUCCAAGCUCUUUAGUCGAGUAAAGAAAAAUUUAGCCAGAAGGAACAAAAGCGAUACAAAAAUUACAGGGACGAGUCCUGUUGUGAGUCGAAAUGGGGACACUGGAAGUGAUGAAAAUAGCAUUAGUAGUGACAUUCAGGCUGUAGAUCCACAACCUGCAAUAGUGAAAUAUAAUUACUCGCCAAAAAGACCAGAUGAGAUGGAAUUAUUCAAAGGAGAACGUGUGACGGUGUUGGAGAAAUCCAUUGACGGAUGGUGGAAGGGUAGAAAGUUGGAUAAUAUCACAUCUGGAUGGUUUCCUUCCAAUUACGUGGAUUUGGAGCCGUCGGACCAGAAUGACUGUACAGUUUACUCCACAGCUGCCUCCCUGGAAGACGACUCAGUGGUAGAUUACUCUACAAACCACCAUCAAAAUGUUGUCGCUUUGUACGCUUUUCAUACAGAAAAUCCAGAAGAACUCAGUUUUGAAAAGGGUGAGCGGUUAGUGAUUCUCAAACCUUCAGAUGAUCCAGAGUGGUGGAGGGCUGUGAACAGUCAGGGAGAGAUGGGGUUAAUCCCCAGAAACUAUGUACAGAUAAUUGAAGUGGAUGAAAAACUGGAUGUUGAAUGCGAGACGAAUGCUAGCUCCUGUACACCACAGUCCCAAUCGACCAGCAGUCUUUCUAAUGCCUCAAAUCUCAGUGUGGUCGGGGUCACCAGUAGAAAACAGUUCAGGGUGUCGGGACCUCUGGCAGAGAAAGAGUGGUACUACGGUAAAAUUUCACGACAAGAGUGUGAGGACCUGUUACGAAGGUAUGCCGCUGAUGGGGAUUUCAUUAUACGGGAUAGUGAGUCAGCAGGUGGCAAUUAUACAGUAGUGCUGAAGGCGACUGAGAGAAACAAACAUUUUCGUGUACAGGUGAACGACGAAGGAUUGUAUCAGAUCGGGCAACAGAAGUUUGCAAACCUAGAUGAUCUAAUCGAACAUUACAAGAAACACCCCAUAUUCAAGAGUGAGAAUGAAAAAUUGUAUUUAGUCAAAGCGUUUAACCUGCCAGCGGAGUUUUGAUAAUGUGUACACGAUACAUGUUUCUUACAGUAAUUGAUAUGAGAUUAUAUAUGCCUGUCUUACAUUUAUAUUUAUUUCUGUCUUUAAGUUAUUCUGUCCAUCAUUUUCAAACAUUUUCAGACAUAUGAUACAGAAUAAUUUUCUGAGUUAAUGUACAUAUAGUCAUGUUGAUAGGAAUUUGUUUUAAUGAAAAAGUGUUUCGAAAUGCAAAUUUAAAAAAAAAAUUUUUUGGGGUUUUUUGUGAGAUUGAUGCCAGGCUGUAAAAAUAGAUAUACACAUUUGAAUACACUUUUUAGGUAGUUUGAAGUUGUAAACAUGGUAAAUUUUAUCUGUUGCAAGGUUGCAUACAUAUAGGUUAUUUUACCAUUAGGCUGGUUGUACUUAUAUUAAAAUUCAAGAACCUAUUUAAGAAUGAGUACUGUACCAAAAUUAGUAUGUAUACAAUGUACAUACUUAGAUUUUGAUAUUUUGUACUUCAGUUAUGAUGAAGCAUGUUCAAAUAAUUAUAAAGCAUUUCAAUAGUGUUUAAUGGUCAAAAACACUAAUGGGUUUGUGAGGUCAUUAUCGUUGAUGACAACUUGCUUUCUAGUGGCUUUUAAUGAUAUUAUGUUGGGCUGCUUUUUAAAGAAGGGACUUGCAAGAAAAUAGAUAGUUAAAAGAAAAAAAAUUGAACUCCUUAAAAGAAUUCAUCAUACAGAACCAGUGAUUUUUCCAUUACACAUUGCAGGGGGGAAUUACAUAUCUUAAUUACAUGUGCUAAUUAAGUAUAUAACUUUUAUACACCUCUUGAGGAGCAGGUGAAUUGACAUUUCUGUACCAUUUCCAUUCACAUCCAGAGAUUUUUUCAACACAAAUUGUUAUUUUAAAAAAACAAACAAACUUGGUUUAAAUUAUUUUAGAUAUUGAAUGUAAUAUGUAUAUUAUUCACCGAGAAGAUUGUCUCCUUUUAUUGAAGGGGGUUAUCCGUGUAUGAUUUGUCUGUAACACAUAUACAUGCUAUAGUAUUAAUUAAACAGGUGUUUUAUGAAAUGUGUAUCAAAUGUAAUUUAUUAAUUCAAUGAAUGACCAACACUAGCAAUGUGCAGUAUAAGAUUAAUAUCACUCCCAAGUUGUAAAUGGUCUUAUUCAGGGUUCCAAUAGUCCCCACCCCUCCAUUUCAUAUAUAUGUAAUAACUCUAGUCAGUAUAGACUUCAAGAUGAUUUUAAACUUUUAUCAUGUACACAAUUUUCACCCCUCCACCAUAUUAUGUAAUAUAUGUGUAAUUCUUUCAUCCCAAUUAUGGAAUUUAGUGCUGUUGUGAGUUUGAAAGAAAAUCAUUUUCUUGCUCAAAUUGUUAGAAGGAAGAGGUUUCAUUGCUGUUUAUGAUUGUGCUAUAAAUGUUAAAGGAACUUUUUUUGAGGUUCUCUGCAUUUGAAAAUGAAAACCUAGGACUACAAGUUUUGAAAUGCUGAUUAAUGUCUGGUGGUUAUAGAGGGAGAGAGGUUCACCUUCCUUUACAUCUGCCACAUUUUCUUCCUGUGCAACAUGGAACAAGGUUCAAAAUGAAGGGUUUUGUUGGUUGCAUCAUGACCUUUAUGCACAAUUUACUAUAUGUAGUAUAUGCCAUUGUCAGAAAUUUAAUACAUUAGGAAAAAGGAACAAUUUUAAUUCUGUGAAAAUACAAGCACAGUUUCAAGAUUCACAUGAGUGUUGUGAUAUAUACUGUGGCGUGUUGAUCUUGACUCCUAUCAGCAUGGUCACUUGAUAAAGUUCAUUAAGAUUUUAAGAGAACAUCUGCAAUGAAUGUAUGUUUUAAAUUGUUUUGUUUGAAUUAGUGGCUUAAACUGGCUUUACAAUCAUUGCAAUGUAUUCAAGUACAUGUACUGUACCGUCUUUACAACCUCAACAUCAGUCUUUUUCAUAUUAUAUAGUUUCAAAAUGUCUGUAAAUAAAAAGUUUUCUGGUUUAAUAUUGACACCUCCAAUGUUUGGUUAUGACUGAUGUAAAAAUUUAUUUCUUGUGAAAAUCCAUGUAUUUUUUCUCACAAAAUCUUGUAAACCUUGACCGAAAAUGGGCAUGAAAAUCGGUGCUCUGGAAUAUUCCUAUUUUUUUGUUUUGUUUUGUACCAUUUCUGUGCUGUGUACUCGGAGAUGUCUAAUAAUGCUUACCUUGUUUCAUUUUCUCCAGUGCAUGUAUUUCAGAGUUAAUUAGAAUUAAAGAGAUGUCAAUACGCAGAAUAUACAGUUUUAUUAUGAAGUCUUGGCAAAAAAAAAAAAAAUUUACUUGUAUAUCUGUGUUAAUUCAUCUGAAGUGCAAGUGAACUUCUUGAAAAGAAUGUGUCAAGUCCAAGUUGACAAUACAUUGUACUGAUUUGCAUAUUUUCACCUAGUUAUUAUUUUAAAAGGCAUGGAGACAAAAUUUACUUUGGAGAAACGGGUCAGUUUUUAUUGUAAAAUGGCCAUGUACUUGUUAUAUUGGUGAAUAUGUUGAGUGAAUCUGGUGGGUUGUCACUUAUGAAAUAUACAUGGUAUUGACAAUUGUUUCUUUUUUGUUUUAUGAAGUCAUUAGUACUUGCUGUACAAGGUACAAUUAUUUUUUUUUUUAUCUGAAAGAAAAUGUGAUAUGUCAUGUGUCAGAUUUUAAUAUAGUUACUACAAAAAUAGGUUGUGUAUCUUUUGAACUUAAAAAUGGCACAGACUCCAAAAUCAUGAGUUGCCUUCCUUUAUAUAGAGUAGAUGUAUCUCAAAGCUUUACAAAGCCAUGUUAUGGGCCUCUGUUAAUUGAAGGUAUUAAGCUUCAUGGUGGACAAUUUUUUCCUUCUUUUUUUCAGGAAUGGUGAACAUUUAUAAAAAGUUUUGGCUUGUUGAUUCAGUUGUAAAUGGGAGUUGUGCAUUUAUAUUCUUAGAUUUUAACAAGGACAUUUUGUAUAACUGCAUGACAACUGAAUAAAUUGAGAUAAAAGAUA